UUCAGGGUCUUUGCUGGAUUUAGACACAAAUAACGAGAGCAUAUGAUGAAUCCGCACAGCACAGGGCUGAUAAUUGUGAGAUAUAAGGCGGGGUGGUAAGCCUCUUCAUAAUGCGAUCGAGUUUUCAUCACUCUUCGAAUAUCUCUUUAUACAUUUAAGAAUUCAGAUUCCUCAUCUUCACUGACCAUAUCCUCUCAUUCUUACCAUUUCAAAAUGCUCUACUCAUCGCAACUCAUCCUUCUGGCUACCACUCUUGGGCUCUCCGCAGCACGUGAAAUCCCCUCCAACGUUCAAGCGUUCUUCGACGCGAAUAUCAACGUAAAAUGUCCCAAUGCGCUUAGCAUCCCAUAUAACUCCGGCCAAGGAGAAUCCGACACCGUUUACUGCAAAGAUGAUGCAAGUGGAGCCAUCUAUCUGAAGGAUACUGGAAACGGAUAUGCGGACAUGGACAUCGAUUGCGAUGGCGUAAAUGCUAGCGAGGGCGCAUGCUCCAACGAUCCGACAGGCCAGAGCAUGACUGCUUUCCAAGACGACGUGCAGAAGUUUGGUAUCGAUGAUCUGGAUGCUCAUAUUCACACUUAUGUCGUUCUUGGGAAUGAUAACUCAGCGUCGGAAGGGAAUGGCGGCGAGAAGUUUAAUCCUACCGAUGCAGGGAUCCAGCCCCUUUCCGUGGUAGCAGUUGUUUGUGGGGGAAACAUGUUUUAUGGCGUCUGGGGCGACGUGAAUGGCGGUAUCUCAACAGGGGAAUCCUCCCUGGCCCUCGGCCAACUCUGCUUCCCAGAUGGCGGCAUCACCGGCGACAAUGGUCACUCUGAGCACGAUGUCUUAUACAUUGCAUUCGAGGGAGCUGAAGCUGUUCCCGGAGCUUCCGCGAAUUGGAAGGCGAACGAUAGCGCGGAGUUUGAGGAGAGCUUGGCGACUUUGGGUGAUCAGUUGGUUGCGAAGUUGGGUGGUGGUGAGGGAGCAAAGUUUAAGAGGAGUCGGAUCAUGAGGGGGAAACUUUGAGGGUGAAGUGUGGUUCACUAAGCCAAGAAUGUGCAGUUCUAUUCUUGGUUGUACUCACAAUCAGCGG